ACGAACACAUCCAAACGAGAUUUGGGGACCACGCCCACUGAGGAGACAGGAAGCGCACAUCAUUGACGGAGAUUAUCUUCUGUUAUAGAAAAUCACAAGCUUUUAUGUCUGUUAUUACUUAACCCACACUGUCACCAGUGGAUCAGUCAGUGUGGAUCUAACCACAUCCUUCCUCGGCGUGCACUGGUUGUGGGAGGAGCUCGCGGGCAGCACGGGACUGUCCCGCGCUCACUCCUCCUGACGACCGACCCACGCGUGUCUGCUCCCCGGAGCACCGACAGGUGCAUCAUUUCAGACUGUUUGGAUUUGGAAGAAAACAGAUGGAUCAGCGUGGAGAGCAGGAGGAGGUGACUGGGAUGGUCUGUCAGGAGGAUGACCUGAAGGAUGGACAGAUGAAGGAAGUAACUGUGGAGGACAAGAAGGUGUUGCUUGUGCGCACUCAGGGUCAGUACAGUGCUGUUGGAAGCCAGUGCUCUCAUUACAAUGCACCUCUUAUCAAAGGUACACUGGUUGGUGACAGGGUGCGAUGUCCCUUUCAUGGUGCUUGCUUUAACGUCAAAACUGGAGACAUUGAAGAGUAUCCAGGUCUGGACUGUCUGCCUAGUUACAAGGUGAAAGUCGAGGAUGGAAAGGUUUAUGUUACCAUCAACAAAAAUUUUUUGAAGGUGACGAAACGGGUGAAGGAGAUGUGCAGCAUGGCACCAGACAUCAAGCACACUAUCCUGCUGAUCGGAGGAGGCCCUGCCGCCCUUGUUUGUGCUGAAACGCUGCGGCAGAACUGCUACCAAGGUCGAAUCAUCAUGAUAACCAAAGACAACCUGCCUCCAUUUGACAAGCCCAAACUGAGUAAGGCUAUGAAUGUGGACAGUAGCAGCAUCCUCCUUCGGCCAAGCGAGUUUUUUCAGCAGUAUGGGAUUGACGUGUGGACACAGAAGGAGGUGGUGUCUGUAAACACAGAUGAUAAGAAAGUGAAGUUGAGCGAUGGCACUUUGCAGAAUUACGACCAACUCCUCAUCUCAACUGGCUGCAGAGCGCGGCCUCUCAGCUGUCCUGGUUCGGACCUGAAGGGAGUAAAGUUACUGCAGAGUUAUGAAGACGCCAAAGAAAUUCACAACUCCAGUUUGGGACAGAAAGCUGUUGUAAUCGGAUCCUCCUUUAUAGGUAUGGAGGUGGCAUCGUACUUAUCGGACAAAGCUGCCAGCGUGGCCAUGGUUGGCUCUGGCAGAUACCCGUUUGAGCGAUCUCUGGGGCCAGAGAUCGGCAAAAUGAGCAUGCAAAUGUUGGAAGAGAAAAAUAUAAAGUUCUACAUGAACGAUAGAGUCACUGAGAUCAAGGGGGAGAACGGCAAGGUGAAGGCGGUGGUGCUGAAGAGUGGUACAGUCCUUGAAGCUGAUGUGGUGAUUGCUGGAAUUGGUGUAAUCCCCAAUUCAGACUUCAUGGCAGGAUGCAAGUUGGAAGUGGAUUCACAGAAAGCUGUGAUUAUUGACAAGUUCAUGAGGACUAAUAUUCCAGAUGUUUUUAGCGCUGGAGAUGUUACCUCUUUCCCUCUAGCCAUUCGUGGAGACCUAAGGGUCAACAUUGGUCACUGGCAAAUGUCACAAGCUCAAGGACGAGUAGCGGCCCUAAACAUGCUGAAGAAACCAACCAAAUUUGAGUCUGUUCCUUUCUUCUGGACUGUGUUGGCUGGGAAGAGUAUCAGAUACACAGGUUAUGGGGAAGGGUACACAGAAAUCAUAUUCAAAGGAAAAGUAGAGGAAAGGAAGUUCCUGGCGUUCUACAUAAAAGAUGACAAGGUGGUAGCUGCAGCCAGCCUGAUGUUUGACCCCGCCGUGGCUCAUGUUGCAGAGCUGAUGACUGCUGGCCAGAUCUUAACAAAGGCCCAGGCUCAAGCUGAUGACCUGAGCUGGCUGCAGAUGUAACCAGAGGCCUGCUGUAUCCAGGAGUAACACCUCUCAGCGAUGAAGGAUUCGCCUUUCUCUUUCUUGUUUUUCUCUCCUUAGCCUGGCAUCGUCAGACUUAUCGGCAAAUGCAAAUUACUUUAAACGGAGCAAGUGAAACAUGAGCUCACAGAUCCAUCCGUUUCCCAGGCGACCUCUCUACAUCAACAAGGCUAUUUACUGCCUCAGUGCCUCCAGCCAAUCAGACCUCAGCUCUUACUCUCAGCACUGUCACCAUAGCAGCAAGCAGAGCUUUAUUAAAUUUGCACUGUGUAAUGAGUGUAGUCUGUGUACAACUCAGCUUAACAUAAACAUGUCCAACUUUUUUUUUUUUAAGAUAUUUUUUUGGCCUUUUUCAAGCUUUAUUUUUAACAACAUGUAACAACAGGCAGCAAAGGGCCGCAGGUCAGAUUCAAACCCUGGGCCACAGCUGAGCCUUCAUAUAUGGGGCGGAUGCUCUACCAACUGAGCUAAUCGACACCCCAUGUCCAAAGUUUUUUGUGAAAGAUUCAAAACAUUCCAUUUAGUAUUAUUUCGCAGUAUAGUACUAUAAUAAUAGUACAGUAAUAUUCUUUAUACUGUUUUAUCCUCUGAAUAUUUAGGAAACACGCUCCACGUCUUAGUUACAAUAUAUUUAUAACUUACUUAACAUCUAAAAUACAAAGAAUAAAAUAUUAAAAUACUGCAUUCAAGAACUAUGAUGAUGAAUAUGCUGAUGAUUAACUGUUUACUGAAACUCUUUCAUGUUGGCUGUUACUCUAAUAAACGAUGUUUGUUUACAGCAGCGAUGUGUCUUAUCGUUAACUGAUGUAAAACUCAGAUUCACGUAUUUAGUGAUGUUUAAUGAUUUUAGUGAAAUACAGAGUAAUGAAGUAUGAAAGCAUGUACCUUCUAACCCUUCACUUCAAAUGAAGUGUGGAUGCUUUAUGGUACGUAAUGUAACAAAUGGUCAGGUAUUUGUCAGUCUGGGUGCACUGUGGGGAUGUGUUUUCUAUUUCAUUGAUUACAAUAAAUCAAUGCUUGUUUGUUUAUUUGAAUCCUUAUUAGCUCAUAUCAAGGUCAUAGUAUCUGGUACUUUCAUUUCUCAUCUGUAAUAACCUUUGCUUCUUCAUUUGUUUUAGGUUUUUACAGUUGCCUUUGUGAUGGUUACAUACAAUAAAACACAACAUAAUCAUCU